AUGAAGCGACUCAAUCGGUUCUUGAACCGAGUCAAGCCCCAGACUCGCGGCCCGGCUCCCGCUCAAGCUCCAGUCUCAGCCCCUCAAUCACAAGCAGCCGCUGCCGGUCCGCCUCGCACCGAACAGCCAACUCUGAACAUCGCAUCGCAGAACUCACCAGGGUCAACUUUGAACAUAGCAUUGCAGAAUCAGACCACCUCCAACACGGUGUAUGCUUAUAUCACCGGUCAAGCGAUCGAUAACAACAACGCGCUGUUCCUACUUCAGGCCGACGGGAGGACGCCAUACUACCCCACGUCUCCCAGUGCCGUGGGAGGCAGCAUCCAGCAAAAUUGUGCCAUUGUCCUUGGACCCCCGGGCAAUACCGUGACUGCGACGAUUCCUCAUAUCGCUGGCGGCCGGAUCUGGUUCUCGAUUGAUGCACCUUUGACCUUUCUCCUCAACCCAGGUCCUGCGCUAGUAGAGCCGUCGGUGACCAACUAUUCCGACCCCAACAUCAACCUCAAUUGGGGGUUUGCGGAAUUCACCUUCAACAGCGACCAGCUCUAUGCCAACAUCAGCUACGUCGACUUUGUCGGCCCACCCGUUGCUCUGACGCUAACGACUCAGAGCGGCGCCACGCAGCAUGUGUCAGGGAUGCCGACCAACGGCCUCGACCAAGUCUGUAACGGCCUGCGCUCUCAGCAUGCGGCAGACGGUCAAGGCUGGGACCAACUGGUCGUGUCACACAACGGACGCAACCUUCGCGCUCUCUCGCCGAACCAAGGCAUGGUGACGAACCCAAACCUGUUUGCAGGCUACUACGACAACUAUGUGAACCAGGUCUGGAGCCGAUUCACCACGCAGUCGUUGUCCAUUGACACGCAGGCCUCGUUCGGGACCGUGUCUGCGAAAGUGUCGUCGGGCACUCUGGCCAUCGGUAACUCAAGCUUUGCGAAACCCUCGACGCGGGACAUUUUCACGUGUUCGACCGGCCCGUUCGCCACGGGGGCCAAUGCCGAGACGAAUGCAAUUAUCCCUCGCCUAGCCGCGGCGUUCAAUCGGUCUACCCUGCUCGUCUCGAAUACUUCGCCCGCGCCACUGAGCUCGUACUACCAGGACCCAACCACGAACCAUUAUUCGCGGAUCGUGCAUCAAGCCAAUCUGGAUGGGAGAGGCUAUGCCUUCCCUUACGACGAUGUACAGCCAUCAGGCGGUGCGGACCAGAGUGGCGAAGUGCACGCGGGGGAUCCUCUGCUGUUUACUGUCACUGUAGGAGGGGGGAAUGCGAGUGUCAAUCCACCCAAGAGAGAGCUAUAA